AUGCAAAAGAAUAAGAAUGAUUUAAGUCUACAAGAAGAUGAAUUGAUCACCAAUAUACUACCUUCAUACCAGAUGUUUCAAUCAACUAUCCUGAAAACCUUAUCCACUCCAGGUGAAGAUUUUUCCCGAGCUCCACCGAUGUAUGAAUUGACUAAUGUUUCCAGUACUAACUCAUUAUCAGCCAUUCAAUCACCAUUUUCCCCUUCACCAACUGAAGAUCCAACCGAAUUCCCCUUCCCCAUCAUAAAUCAAGGGUCAGAUCAACAAGAACAAAUAGAGAUCUGGGAAAAUACUAUUUUGGCCAAUAUCCAUAAAUUACAGAAUCUAUCCAAAUCAGAUAAUAAGAUAUCAAAACAAUUGAAAGUUGAUAUAACCAUCACCAGAAACGUUUGUCAGAAGGGUAUACCGCCAGAUAUCAUUGAUACUUCCAAUAAAGAGUUCAAACAAGGAGAUUAUAUUCAUGGGUUUGUAACUAUAGAGAACGUAUCUCAAGAACCCCUUAGUUUUGAUAUGAUUUAUGUGGUAUUUGAAGGUACUCAGAUAGUCUUGGAGAAUAAUGAUGGCUUAAUUGAUACACAGAAACCGAAAGUUGUUCAUAAAUUCUUGAAUAUGACGGAUUUAUUUGCAUCUUGGUCAUUUGCUAAUAUUAAUAGACUUACCACUGAUAAUGGAGAUCCCAGAGAUUGGUGUGAAGGUGAUACCGAUCCUUACGAUAAUACGUUAUUAUCAUUGGACUUGGAUAAAAAAUUGUUGCCAGGGCUUAAGUACAAAAGAUUCUUUUCCUUCAGAGUCCCUGAUAAAUUAUUGGAUGAUAUUUGUGAUUUACAUAAUUUGAAUGGCCAUACUAUUUUACCUCCCAGUAUGGGGUUCCCUAAAUAUAGCGUCAGACCUUCAUCAUUAUUAGCAGAGAAGUCUAAGACCGUCAAUGAUUUAUCAUUUCUCGAUACUUGUAUCAAUUAUAGUGUUGAAUGUAGAGUCAUAGGUAAGGCCCAUGAUUAUAACCUUCAAGAUAAAAAGAAUCAAUAUGUCAUAGCCAAUGAGUGUAUCAAACCUGUAAGAGUGAUACCUUUACCCAAUUAUUACUAUAAUGAAGAACCAAGGGAGAUCAUGAGAUAUUAUAAAGGGUUCGUUUCUUCAAUCAAAGAUAAGAUAGAUUUAGGUAAAGCUUUACAAAGCACUACCAGUUCAUUAAGUGAUUUGAGUCUUACACCUAUGAAUUCUUCAGAUUCUAAAAUCAAACAAUUAUUUCGGUCAUCAUCAGAUUUGAAAACUCCCAUAGUUAAAGAAUUCGAUGAUGUUUACCAAAAUACCAUUCCAUUCAAGAAAAAGGGGAUCUUAUCCACAAAAACCACAAGUUUCAUUUCUCUUUGUACACCAAAGAAACAUUAUUCCAUCAAAUAUGUUCCUCCAAUAAGAUUUAGGGAUCAACCUAUUCGAAUUCCAGAACUUUCCAUUCCUUUACAAUUAAUUCAUCAUGAAAAUUCCUCCAGUUCUCUUGAUAUCAAGUCAAUUAAGGCUGAAUUAAUCGUAGGAACUUUCAGAUCAAGUGGUCAUCCUUUACCAGUUGAAUUCUGUCAUGAAUUUUUCAUCAAUGAUGAUGAAUUAGAAAUCAUGUCUAAAAAUGAAGCUGAGAUUUUCAAUGAAAGAGUAGUUAAUCCACGUAAACAGGAUUUAAAAACUUUAAACAAAUUAAUAGAUAAAGUUGGUGGUGAAAAUAUCCGUGUUGACAGACGUCUUUAUGAUGACCUUAAAGCACUUGCUUUAUUAUCAGGGAAAUUCUCCAUUUUCGAAAUUAAUGAUCCCAAAUUAAUGAUUAAUGACAAAUUAAGUAAUGUAAGUGACAUCACCUGGAACUCAAUUAACAAUCAAGCAUAUCAAACUGAUUUCAAAUUGAACCUCGAUCUUCAUAAAUGUAGUUCAAAAAGUUAUAAUAUACCUAAACAUGGAGAUUUCUUUGAUUAUGUAACGUUGGUUCCUGAUAAUCAAACCUGUUUUUCUGUUAGACUUUAUUAUAUCAAAGUAACUGUUAAGCUAGCUAAAAGUGAUAGUCUCGUAGUUAAAAUUCCUUUCAACGUUGAAAGGUAA